GGUAAAUCGGAAAAAAUUGAUUAUCAACACCGUUAUUAAAUGUCAACUUCUUGACAGAAAUGAUCCGGAGUCAAUGAAGCUUAAAAAGUUUGCUAAAAUAAACAAAUCGAAGUGAAGAAACUAGAAUUAAAGUUUAUUUGUGACAAAUUGUCUUCCUGACAGAGCAGUUAUCAUUAUAAGUUCUAAAAUAAAUUAAUAAAUUAUUAAAAAAACAUUUAAAAUAAGAGUCAUGAGUCGAUAUGAUAUUGAUAAAUCGUCAAAUAAAAAAUGUCGAUACAGCUCUCCAUCAGAUGAAAGGAAAAGACAAACUUCACCAAAACGAUCUGCUGAAAACAAUGCAGAUUACUCAUUCCUUAAUCAUAAAAACUUUUUCCACAGAGUUUUAAUGGGCUACAAUAUUAGCGAGCAAAUGGUUGAUGAUCCAUCCGAUUUUUGGCGUUUCUUAACAAAAUAUGAAAAUCUUUUAAAGAGAAAUUUACAAAAUGUUCUUGAAAUUCAAACUGAAGCUCCUUCAAAUGAACUGCUAAUUCCAAAAACUUAUAAUAAAAAUUUCUUAAUGAAUUUUAAACUCAAGCCUUCAAAACAUCAACUUGAAUCAAGAAGUUAUGAGGACAAGGAUAGGUCAAUAGAUGAUAAGAAAAUCCAAAUAUUUCUUACAAUUGUCAGGCAUUACUUGGAUUUUAAACAAAAGGAAAGAUUUGCCAAAUUGAAAAAAUUAAGAAAAUUUCAAUCUAGCUUACCAAUCGCUGCUUAUGAGAACGAAAUCGUCGAGGCGACCAAGAAUGAAUCAAUUUUAAUAAUUGCUGGUGAUACUGGUUGUGGUAAAUCGACGCAAGUUCCUCAGUACCUGUACAAUGCAGGAUUUGAUAAAAUCGCUUGCACACAGCCGAGACGAAUCGCAUGUAUCGGAUUAUCAAAAAGAGUAUCACAUGAAAUGUUGUGUGAAUAUGGCUCGACAGUGGGAUAUCAAAUCAGAUUCGAGAGACAAAAGACAAAAGAGACAAAAAUCAUAUUCAUAACAGAAGGGCUUCUUUUAAGACAACUGAGUGAUGACGAGAGUUUAACUCAGUACUCGGUAAUCAUUAUUGACGAAAUUCACGAGAGAAAUUUGUACGGCGAUUUUUUAUUAGGAAUUUGUAAAUGUUUAUUAAGAGCUCGUCCAGAAGUCAAGAUAAUUCUAAUGUCUGCAACCAUCAACAUUAAUCUUUUUGCUAAUUUCUUUGAUGAAGAAAAUGCUCGAAUUAUUGAAGUUCCGGGACGGUUAUUUCCUAUUAAAUUACAUUACAUGCCCCAUUUGAUGAAUCCAAACUUAAGGCUUGAAUCGAAAUCAAAAACUGAACGAUUGAAUCCUGAGCCUUACAUUCAAAUUAUGUCAAUGAUCGAUAAAAAAUAUCCGAGAGAUGAGAAAGGAGAUCUCUUGAUUUUCGUCUCAGGUUUAAAUGAAAUUCAGUCAAUUGUCGAUGCUGCAAAGGAAUAUAGCCAGCGGAAUGAAAAUAAUUGGAUUAUACUUUCACUUCAUAGCACCUUAUCAAUGCAAGAACAAGAUAAAGUUUUCGAUUAUGCACCAGAUAAAAUGAGAAAGUGUGUAAUAAGCACAAAUAUAGCUGAAACUUCAAUUACAAUUGAUGGAAUUCGAUUUGUUAUUGAUUCUGGUAAAAUGAAGGAAAUGACUUAUGAUCCGAGCUAUAAAAUGCAAAGAUUAAAAGAAAUGUGGAUAAGUAAAGCAUCAGCUGAGCAAAGAAAAGGUCGAGCGGGAAGAACAGGCCCUGGAAUUUGUUAUCGUCUCUAUGCAGAAAGUGAAUUCUAUGAGCUUGAAAAUUAUACAAAAGCAGAAAUUCAUCGAGUUCCGUUAGAGUCACUUUUAUUACAAAUGAUAUCAAUGGGAUUGCCAAAUGCUAGAUUAUUUCCAUUCAUUGAGCCACCAUCGAUAGACAGUAUAGAAAAUUCAAUUCUUGCUUUAAAGCAACUUGAAGCAUUGACUUCCGAUGAAAAGCUCACAAGUUUGGGACGAGCAUUAUCGAAAAUUCCUGCGGAAGUUUCUCUUGGAAAAAUGUUAUUAAUUGGAUCAAUUUUCAAGCAACUUCAAGCUACCUUAAUAUUGGCAGCAAUUUUAAAUGUUCAAUCACCAUUUACCAAUCGAGCAUUUCGUGACUCAGAUUGUGAGAAGCUUCGCAGUGAUUGCGAAUCAAAUCAUGGUGAUCCAAUUACUUUACUAAAUUUGUAUAGGGAAUGGUUGAUGGUUAAAAAGUCUUACGAUUCACGUGAUCGCGAUAAAAUUUGUUCAAAAAAGUGGUGCCAAAAAAGAGGUCUCGAAGAACAAAGAUUUUAUGAGAUAACAAAAUUGAAAAACCAAUUGGAAUCAUUGUUACGAGAAUGUAAAUUACUAGAAGAUGAAAAGGACGAAAAAUUGACAAAUUCUGAAAGAUCUAUUCGAGCAGGAGAACGACGAUAUCUAGGAUCUUUAAAAAGAGCUCAUAAAAUGGAAGGUCCACGAAAAAAACAACUUUUGAAACCGAAUGAAGACGAUAUGGAUGAAGAAGUUAAUGACGGUCAUGUUGAUAUAAGAGACGUGGAAUUUAGAUUGAGUAUGGGCUCUAAAAUUGACAAUUUAGUUUUGAAUGCCACAGCAUCAAGUGGAUAUGAUUUAAUCAUGCUAAAACUUAUCUUAAUGAGUGGUCUUUAUCCAAAAAUAGCUAUAUCGGAUGAAUUUAAUCAAUUAAAGUCUAUGAAUGAGCAGUUCUUUCAUACAAAAUCGAAGCCAUAUAUAUCAAUGCAUCCAAUGAGUUAUUUUUACAAAAACUUUCAAGAGCUGAAUAUUUCUGGAAGUGACACUAUCGAAAAAACGGGUCUUUAUAAAUCAAAAUGCCCUUUAUCAUCAAGCCAUCAAAUUGUAUGCUAUUUAUCAAUCCUGGAAACCACAAAACCUUAUCUUAUGAAUUCAAUCCGAAUGCCUGCUGCACAAACGCUUCUUUUAUUCGCUCAAGAGAUUGACUGUAAUUUAACAUUUUCAAGAAUAAUUUUUGACUCGUGGCUAGCUAUAGAUUUUCCAUUUCCUGAAUCUGGUCAAACUCUUGUAGCAAAAGCAGCAAAAUUAAGAAAACGAUGGAACCAAUUAUUAUCAUUAAAAUUAGAAAAUGAAAUCGAAAGCAUUUCAAAAAUGGGAGAUUUUGCAUCUUUAGAACGAGACUUAGCCGACUUUAUGAAUACGAAAAUAUUUUAUACUUUUAAAAGACUUCUUCCAGCUGAUCUAAAGUUUUUGUACAAAACGGUUUGCAAUGAAAAUCUCGACGCACUUUAUCUCGAUCCAAAUCCAUUUUCUGACAGUUUUUCAUGCAUUUUCAAUGAGGUAAAAGGAGGAGUUUAUGUGACUGAAAAUAUAACUUAUGGCUGUAUUGAGGAGACAGACUGGAGCAUCCAAAUGGAAGAAGAAAUAUUUUCCACUGAAUUUCAAUGUCCUGGCUGUGAUCUUAUAUAUAAUUUUACAGCUAUUCAAAAAUUACAGCAUCAGCAUGUUUGUAAAACGGUUAAAAAUGAAGCGGUGGAUAAAGAAGAUUUAGAUAAAUUUUUAAUGCCGUCAACAUCGAAUCAAAAGCUUUUUAAAUGCAAUGUUUGCAAAAAAGAAAUGUAUAUGAAAAAUAUUGAUAUUCUAAAGCACAAAAAGAACUGUAAAACAAUUGUCAAAGAACCGAAAUAAAAACAGAAAGUCAACUUUUUAAGAGCUACGUAAAAAAUUCGUACGUAAAACGUAAGGUGAAAUUUAUAAAAAAUCUUUAAUUUAAUUAAACUUCCUGUGCAACAAG